AUGAGUGAAUUUAGUGUAGGAGACAGGGUGGAAGUCUCAGAUUUACUCGGUACUAUAGUUUCAACAGGUGAUUCUUCAAGUGAAAAUGGAAAUAAGACCCAUAAUUGGACCAAUUUACCGGAUGGUUACACACUUGUCGUGGAAUGGGAUAAUUUAACUAAAGGGGACUUUGAUCAUCAUUCUAAUAGAUUAAAUAAAUUAAAAAAUAAUAAACUAGCAAUUUUAAAUCACAUAAGUAGUACAACCUUGAGGAAUGGUCUUAUGUCAACCGACACUGUCCAUUCUGAUGUUUAUAGGAUACUUAAUGAAAGAUUCCUAGCUUUAGACGCAUAUAAACCAUGCUCCUUUGUCAAAUUGGACAAUAUAAACUUUGGAACAAGUUUUGAAGAGGCGUUUAAGGCUAAAUAUCUGUAUGAAAACGAAAAUGUACACGAUAUUAACCUGGAUGAUUCUGGUCAUGUAUAUGAAUUUGUCGGAAUAGACAGUGCAGUUGAUUUCUUUUCAGAUGUUAGUAAAUUAUUUAUUGUUGACCUAAAUGGCAUGAAAAUAUCAAAACUAGGGAGAAUUGAACAAUUUCCCAAGUGUUCAGAGCUUUACAUAAACAACAAUCUAUUGGACAGUUCAAAGAUAAAUGAACUGCUGGAGAAUUUCCCAAAAUUGCAAGUUUUAGACAUUUCUAGCAACAAAAUAGACUUACCAAUAGGUUCUGAUAGUAUAUCAACUCUCGUCAUGAACAACUGCUAUUUUGAGUUCAAAACAGUCUUAGAAACACUCGAUAAGUCAAAAAACAUACAAAAUUUGGUAAUGUGUAAUAAUCUACUCAGUGAAAUUGAGUAUUUGGGUAAUCAGUACCCAAUGAUUAAGGCCGUAGAUUUAUCAAGCAAUUACAUAUACAAAUGGGACACAAUUAAGUUUUUAUUAGAAUUAUUUCCAAAUUUGGGCAAAUUAGCACUGGAAAACAACUAUAUUUCCACUGUAGAAUCCUCAGAACAUCUCAGAUUCUUAAAUCCCCUAGAAUUGGAUUUAUCGAACAACCUAAUAGAAGAUUUAAACGAGUUAGUUAAAAUAUCGCAAAUAUUUCCCAAUUUAACCAAGUUAAAGGUAAAUUAUAACCCAAUUAAUCCAGUGUAUAUGGGUAAUAGCUCUGAGUCGACAGAUUCUAGGUUUAGCAAUCUAGUCAAUAAGUUGAAUAAUACAAAUGACACUAGGAAUACUAAUAGCAGUUCGAAAGAACUGGUUAGGAUGUUUAUAAUUGUUACCUUUCCCAAUUUAAAUGUGCUAAACGGCACCAUCAUUACACACCAGGAGAGGGCAAACUUCGAGCGGUAUGUAAACAAUUUAUCGGAUAAACCAGAUCCCAUUAUCUCAAAUACGAUCUCAACUAAUAACAAGAUAAAGGUAAAAUUGUUUCCUGACGGGGACUCUGAAAGUUUCAAGUAUAACCCAGUUGAGAAAAAUCUAAUGGAAUCUUACACUGUAUUGGAACUUAAACUUUUGUGCAGCAGUCUGUUUAACAUGAAUUUGAAGGACAUCAAGUUAAUAUACAAUAGCAAGACGAUGCCGCUAUCCGAAGAGUUAGAUGAUGAUUCUGCAGAUCUGCGCAGCUAUGGAAUAUCGGACGGAUAUCAGAUUAGAGUACAGAACAAGAGACUGAUGUUUUAG